AUGGGCAACACCCAAACGCCACCGAAGAGAGAUCGCGCGGAAUCAAUCAGCUCUUCCAGGAGAACGACGACGUUUUCAGAAGAAGACCAGUGUCCGGUUCAGAUGAAGAUUUCGAAGUCAUCUGAAGACUCGCAGCAGCCGUCGGAGCAGCCUGGAGACUUCCCUGUUGUCGUGAAGUGGUCAGGUCUGAAUAUACGUUUUACUAUUAUGCUGCUGUGCUUGUUGUCGUGCAGCGUAACUACUGGCGAUUCAAUUCCAUGCCAGGGGGUUCUUUGGUCGGAUUGGAGAAUAGGUCUUUGUUAUGGACAGCUGUUGCGUCCCACUCUGCUCGCCACCGUUUUACGAGACUCAAGCGCGGUAUCGUUGCUCGUUCCCAUGGUGGGUGGCGUGAUUUCAGGCGUCGUGCUGGUGGCUGUUGGAGAACACGAUGGAUGGGUAAAUGGCGAUUCCUAUCAAUGUUCUGGAGCGUGUGAUACACCUACUCGCCCCUCCGGAUAUGGGGAGGUUCAAUAUGCGCCAGAGUCGGUAACCAAUGUGUUUGGGUUGGCUUCACGGUAACU